GUGUGUCUGAGUGGCGCUGCUGGAUGGGACCAUGGGGCACUCUUUGCUCGGUGUGCUGUCGUUAUUCUUGCUGAAUACACUCCUCUCCUGUGGACACACUGAAUAUGCUGAGCUGACCUUUGAACCCAACUCAACCACUCUAUAUUCUGGGGAGCAUGUUAAUUUCACGUGUCACAUGAGAGAAGCAAAUGUCAGUGAGUGGUAUUAUGAAUUCAAGUGGAACGACAAACCACUCGUCCCCAUCACUUCCACUAACGUCCUCAGGAUUCCAGAGCUAACCCCAGACAGGAACGGGGAUUAUCAGUGCAUUGCUCACCAUAACAGCUCAGAAGAGAACAAACGAAGCAAUAGGGCCACUCUUUCUGUAUCAGCACACAAACCCAGAGCCACAGUGAGAGCAUCCAGGACGUCCAUACCAGUGGCCGGCACUCUGACUCUGACCUGUUCUGUUGAGGAGUCUGCGGGUUGGAGCGACUGGUUCCACUUCCCAGACCAUGAUGAAACUGCCAUCGCAACAAAUCGUGUGCUAAACUCUAUCAGCAUCUCACACGGAGGCAUCUACUGGUGCAGGGGAAGAAGGACUAACUCAGAUUUCUUCUCAGAGAAGAGUCAUGUGCAUCACAUCGAGAAAACCUUGUCCAACAGAAGCUUUGUCAUGCUGCAGCACAACUGGACUCAGAUAUUCAGCGGUGAGACGAUCUCUGUCAGGUGUGAGAUCCAGGGAGGAGGAGACACCCAGUGGGACUAUGAAUGGAGGACAACAAGCUCCCACCAACCAGUCACUGGUACAAACACAGCUCCCACACACAGUGAAUACAGGCUGGGCACUGCCUCUGUUUUCCACAGUGGAGAGUACUGGUGUAAGGCCAGAGCGGACUUGUAUUCCUCAACAGAGUGGAGUGACGCCUUCCAGCUGAGAGUAACACCAAAUAAACCCAGGCCCAGGCUGAUUGCCGAUAACACAACCAUAACAGGAAAGGGAAGCGUAGCACUGAUCUGCUCUGUGGAUAACGCGGCUGAGUGGAGAUACGACUGGUUCAGAAGAACCUCAGCCUCCUCUGCAGCUCAGAUCAUAAGAUAUAAUGAAACAGAUGAUGAAAUCAGCAUCUCAGAGGAAGGCAUCUACAACUGCAGAGGAAGGAGAGGAGACACAACUUUCUUCACAGAGGACAGCGACCGAGUCACAAUAGAGAAAAGAGUUUCCCACAAGGCGUCUGUGGCCCUGCAACCUAACUGGUCUCUGAUAUUCAGCGGUGAGAUGAUCACUGUCCGGUGUGAGGUCCCUGCAGAUGUACUGACUGAGUGGGAGUAUGAAUGGACCAAACCCAACUCAAAUACGUUUCCAACACACAAUGAAUACAGGAUUGUCAAUGCAUCCUCGUCUGACAGUGGAAGCUACAGGUGUUUGGCUAAAGACAAGAAGAACUUGAAUUCCACAACCGAGUGGAGCAAUGUCGUCACAUUAACAGUUUCUGAAAGACCAGCGGCUAACCUGAGUGCUGACAACAGAGCCCUUCCAGUAGGGGGCAGUGUGCUCCUGACCUGCUCCGUGGGCCCAUCAUCACCUGGCUGGAAUUAUUAUUGGUACAGAGGUGAGAAAACCUCGGAGCCCCUGACGGAUGAGGAUUUCAAGUCAAAUGGACAAAGUGCUAGUGCCUCACAUGAAGGACUGUACUGGUGCAGAGGAGGAAGAGGAGAUCCAGUUUACUACACCGAGUACAGUAACUCAGUCAGUAUUCAUGAAACUGUCCACAACAGAGCUGCUGUGACUCUUCAACCCAACUGGCCGAACAGAUACAGCGGAGAAACCGUCACACUUAGGUGUGAGAUCCAGGGAGGAGACUCUGAGUGGGAGUAUGAAUGGACAGCAACCAGCUCACAUACACCUCCCAACACAAAUGAAUUCAGGAUUAGUCUGGGGUCACAUUUGAGCGGCAGUUACUGGUGUCAGGGCCGACUGAAAGGUGCACGGCAGAAUUCAACAGGAUGGAGUGUUCCCGUCACGUUGUCUAACGCGGCUGCACCACAACCUGUCGUCACUGUGUCUCCGUCAUGGCUGACUCCUGGAGCCUCAGUGACUCUCACCUGUGGGGUUCAACAUCCGACUGCAGGAUGGAGGUUCUACUGGUACAGAGUUGACCCGAUUAGUUCCUAUGCAGACACCAGAUGUCAAUACACAUUUCCAUAUGGGAUGAGUUCUAUUGACAUUCCUGACCAGUACAGUUAUGAGCUGCUCCCAGGAAGCAACGGAGGGACUGAACAAAACUCCUACGUCAUCCAAGGCCAGACGAAGUCAGCAAGUUAUGCAUGUCGAGCUGGAAGAGGAGACCCCGUGUUUUACACUGAGUACAGUGAGCCAAAGUUGGUCUGGUCUGGAGAUUCCUAUGCGUCAGUGUCUCUCACAGUUAGGCCGGACAGAGUGCAGCACUACUUUGAUGACAAGAUCCGUCUGACCUGCGAGGGAAACUCUGAUGAGUGGAGAUUGUGGAGGUUUACUGGAGACGAAGUACGAUUGUUAGAGUGCGACUCUCAGGAGACAAUCCCAAGGUUCACAUGGUCCAUGUAUAAUCUUUCUCCUGGAGUUUACUGGUGUGAAUCUGGAUCAGAGCUCAGCAACGCAGUCAACAUCACUACAGUUUCACGUCGUGUUAUCCUGGAGAGCCCUGCCCAUCCCGUGACUGAGGGACAGUCCGUUACUCUCGGCUGCUCAUGGUUAAGAACAAACCUCUAUUCCAACUUCUCUUUCUACAAAAAUGGUGAAUUCCUCCAAAGUGAUGUCGGAGGGAAACUGGAAAUCUCAGCUGUGUCAAAGUCAGAUGAAGGUUUCUACAAGUGUGAACAUUCAGGAUACUUCUCAUGGGAGAGUUGGAUGUCAGUAAAAUGUCAUGGAUCUGCCUUUGCUCCUCACUGCUCCUCGUCUGAUCCAUUUAAUCCUGCAGCACCUCCCCCCUCGUCUCCUGUGCCGCUGGUCAUUGGGCUGGUUGGUGGCAUCACACUGAUUCUCUUCCUCUCGCUGCUACUGUUGUGUUGGUGCAGGAAUUCAAAGAAUCUGUGUUGUGACAGGCUCAGCCAGUCUCUGAGAACCAAUCAGAGCUCAGACCCAACUGUCCACCACGAUGAAAACCAACUGCAAGUGUACUCGUCUCUUCUCCACGGUGACAACUGCAUCUAUGAAUCAAUCAGAGGAAACACGGAGGAAGGAACCCGAGGUGAUCCAGAGGAGAGGUCUGACUACGUUAAUGAAAAUCCACAUUCAGCUUCAGAUCUGUGUUGUGACAGGCUCAGCCAGUCUCUGAGAACCAAUCAGAGCUCAGACCCAACUGUCCACCAUGAUGAAAUCCAACUGCAAGUGUACUCGUCUCUUCUCCACGGUGACAACUGCAUCUAUGAAUCAAUCAGAGGAAACACGGAGGAAGGAACCCGAGGUGAUCCAGAGGAGACGUCUGACUACGUUAAUGAAAAUCCACAUUCAGCUUCAGGACCACUAUGAAUGGUGCAUCCUCCAGAAAACAAGAACAUGAAAAUCAACAUUCAUCCUUAAACACCUUCACAUAUUAGACUCACCAGUUUUGUAACAGCUCAUUGGAAAGAACGACAUGAUCUGGAUUGAAUUUCAGUAUCAAUGAAAAAAUAAAUGCUGUGAUAUUUGCUUUUGUGUUUACGUUCAAUAUUUCAAUUGGCUGAUAUGGGCCUUUUAAGAUAUGCGCCGAUAUGAAAAGGUUUAUUUUACAGGAUAAACAAUGUGCAUUAUGAUUAUAUUUUACAUUGAACUUUUUUUUUUUGUCUUAAUUCAAGUUCUAUAUAUUCUGUAGUAUUUGUGUUUUCUUUCAAUUUAUCUUUAUUUCUUUAAAAAUAUUGUUUUACUUAAGCUUUAUUGCCAAUUUUAUAUAUAAGUGAUAGUUUUUUACUCCUUGAUAUCGGUAUCGGCAUUGGUCCCUAAAAAAAGCUUAUUCUGUAUAUUUUUGCCGCAGUCAUGCAACAAAAGUUUGAAUGCAACCUGUGAUGUUUUCUAUUCGUACGUAUAUAUAUGUCUUUGUUAUUAUUCACAAAUGACUCAAUGGAGGACGAUGUCAGAAAGGACAUCGUCUGGCUGUGUGUUAUGUUCCAUAUACAGUCUGUGGUUAUGUGUGAUUAUUUCCAUGGCUCGUAUUUCUCUGUUUGAUUAAUACACUCGUCUGCAGACAGUUUAGCUUUUUGUUUUGAAAUGUGAUGAACUGUAACAGAUUAUAAUUCAAAUAGAUAAUUGAAUGUGUUCUUUCUUUUAUCUUUAUUAAACUGUGAA